CAAUAACACCUCCCGUGUCUCUGCGCGCGCUAACAGGGCUUUCCUCCCAAAUGUUUCCUCUCUGGGCUCUGGCGCAUUUCCUCGUAACUGUCCGCCUCUCCCCGCGCGCAGCAUCUUGUCCACACGCACGAGAGCAGCGAGAGCGCGCGUCACUUAUUUGGGAGAAAGUUUGAGACGAAGACUUUGUAACAGGCGUUUAUGUGCGAGACACGUCUGACAUAAAGUGGAACAAAUAUGCGCGAUAUUUCCCAGUGACCGGAGAGAAUUUAUUGAGAGCGCAGUGAUAAGACGCGGGGCGCCGGUAAUCUUAUAUCUGACCAUGAACGGGGCUAUAAUACUCCCCACCUGCGCUUAAUCUGACGGAGCGUUACCCUGGAUAACUUCAAACGGGCACGGUGCGUAUUUGGGCACAACAUCUCGUAUAAUAAAGUGAACUUAUCCGCGGAUAUUACGUGGUGAAGGCGCUCCUCGAGAGGACUAAAGUUGUGCCGUUGUCAUGAGUGGACCCGCGCUCCUCCACCUGUGGAUGCUUUUGUUGUUGGGCUCUUCCAGUGAAGUGGCGAGGGCUCAGGUGUCCAACGCCAGAGUGAUGAGAGGCAACGUGAGGAGAGACGACUUGUACCGCAGUGAGGAGAGCAUCAAUGUGACGCAGCUCGCCGGAGUCAUCUUCAGCCCACGCUAUCCCGAAGCCUACCCUCGCAACCUGCUGUUGUCAUGGAAACUGAUGUCUCCGCCGGGGAGCCGCAUCCACCUGGUGUUUGACAAAAACUUCGGUUUAGAGGGGCCAGUCAAAGAAGUUUGCAGUAAUGACUACGUGGAGGUAGAGGACGUGACCAAGGCGGCCUCCAUCAUCUGGGGGCGCUGGUGUGGACAAAGAGCUCCCUCCAGUCUCAACUCCAAGAGCAACAUCCUGAGAGUCACCUUCAAGUCCAAUGACUACUUUGUGGCUAAACCUGGCUUCAGAAUCAACUACUCCAUACUGUAUGAUCCUCCUGCUGCCAGACCAAACUCUGAGGAAGGCAUGCUCAUGUCGGACUUUGGGGCGGGCCAGGUGCCUGUCCCAGAGGUGCCCUUCUCUCUGGAGGAUCUGGACAGGACCAUCGCAGCCUUUGACACGAUAGAAGAUCUGCUCAAGUCCCUCAGCCCAGACACAUGGAGACAAGAUCUGGACAGUAUCUACACAGCAGACGCUCAGAUCCUGUACCGCUCCAGCGCCUACCACCUGGUCAGCAGACAUAACAAAGUUGAUCUGAACCGGCUCUACGAUGACGUUAAGCGAUAUAGCUGCACGCCGCGGAACUUCUCUGUGAAUCUUCGCGAGGAGUUGAGGGUGACAAGUGCUGUGUUCUUUCCUCGCUGUCUGCUGGUCAAACGUUGUGGGGGGAACUGCGCAUGUGGUACAGCAAACUGGAACACCGGAUGUACCUGCCAACCCUCCAAGUCCACGCAAAAAAUGCACGAGGUGCUCAAAUACUCCCCAGACAUGUCCUCCCAGCGCCAUCACCGAUCGAAGGUGCGCUGGGUCAUCGGGGAGAUCUUCCUCACACAUCAUGAAGAGUGCGAGUGCUCGUGUCCAAACCAACCGCCACGCUGAAGAACUGUGCAUACCCCUGCUCACAUAUAAUACUACAACAGACUAUGGAACAGCUCGAACGCAAGUGAACCAGAAGCUACAAAAGGACCAAGAGGAUUUCUAACAGGACACAACUUUUAAGCUAUAGCCAUGUUGUUUUGGCAUCAAUUCUUCCACUUUCCUAUAUACA